AUGGAAAAUUUAAAUAGAGGUGGCUUUGAUUUUGAUCUCUGUAACAGAAAUAAUGUUUUAGAAAAGACAGGAUUAAGAAUGAAAGGAUUUAUGAAGACAGGUACAACAAUUGUUGGUGUUGUAUAUAAGGGAGGUGUUGUUUUAGGAGCAGAUACUCGUGCAACAGAAGGUCCAAUUGUUGCCGAUAAAAAUUGUGAAAAGAUUCAUUACAUUGCAGACAAUAUCUAUUGUUGUGGUGCAGGUACCGCUGCAGAUACCGAGAGUGCAACAGCAUUAAUCAGUUCAAAAUUAAAAUUACAUAAAUUAUCAACUGGUAAACAAACUCGUGUCAUCACCGCUUUGACAAUGUUAAAACAAAUGUUAUUCAAAUAUCAAGGUCACAUUAGUGCUGCACUCAUUCUCGGUGGUAUCGAUAUCAAUGGUCCAUCAUUACACACUAUCUAUCCACAUGGUAGCACUGAUCAAUUACCAUACGUCACUAUGGGUUCUGGUUCUUUAGCUGCUAUGGCAGUAUUUGAAGCAAAAUAUAAAAAUGAUAUGACUAAAGAAGAGGCAAUUGCACUUGUAGCAGAAGCAAUUUCAAGUGGUAUUUUUAAUGAUUUAGGUUCUGGUAGUAAUGUUGAUGUUACCGUAAUUGAGCCAAGUGGUGUUACAGUUUUAAGAAAUUACCAAACUCCAAAUGAACGUAAAUUUAGAAAUAAUCCAUACAUCUUUAAGCAAGGUACUACUCCAGUUUUAAAACAAGAUAUUGCACCUUUAUCAACUAAAGUAGUUAUUGAAGAUAUUAUGAUGGGUCAAUAA